AUGUCGUCGUCGAAAGAAGAAAUGAGUUUUUCCGUGAACGUAAAUGGUCAGUCGAAGGUGCCACCGGGGUUCCGGUUUCAUCCCACGGAGGAAGAACUUCUUCAUUACUAUUUGAGGAAGAAAGUUGCGUAUGAAAAGAUAGAUCUGGAUGUUAUUCAUGAUGUUGAUCUUAACAAGCUUGAACCAUGGGAUAUCCAAGAGAAGUGCAGAAUAGGAUCCACCCCACAAAACGAUUGGUAUUUUUUUAGUCAUAAAGAUAAGAAAUACCCAACUGGGACUCGAACAAAUCGUGCCACUGCUGCUGGUUUCUGGAAAGCCACUGGUCGAGAUAAGGUGAUCUAUAGUAGCUUUCGAAGAAUCGGGAUGAGGAAGACACUUGUCUUCUAUAAAGGAAGAGCACCUCAUGGCCAAAAAUCCGAUUGGAUUAUGCAUGAAUAUAGGCUCGAUGAUGAUACGAUUACCACCCAAGAUUAUGGAUCUGUUUCUAACUUAUGUGAUUCGAAUCAAGAAGAAGGGUGGGUGGUAUGUCGUGUUUUCAAGAAGAAAAACUACCAUAAAGCACUGGAAAGCCCUCAGAGAUCAUCAUCGGCGCCUUCAAUUGAUUCGAAUCCUCAAAUGCAAUCUUUAAACAGAGAUGGUGGUGUUCAUGAUCAGUUUCUUGUUUACAUUGGAAAUAGAUCUUGCAAGAAAGAAAUGGAGUCUGUAGCCAAUAUCACCACCACUACCAGUGAUUAUAAUCCAAUGGAACAACUGGUGGACCCUACCAACGAACGAUUCCUCCACCUCCCCAGGCUCGAUACAACCACCAUGACCACAUCUGGUCCCUUCAGUUCAGCCACGACCUUCGAUCAAGACUCCAGUUUCCAGACCCAUAAUUCCAUGACCCACUUGUUGACAGAACCGGAAAACUCCAUGAACACGAGUGACACAAGGGAACAACAUCGGGACAGUUGGGCUGAUCUAGACCGGCUAGUGGCUUCCCAACUCAAUGGUCAAGUACACCCAUCGAAACAGAUGUAUGGUUGCUACGAUGAACCCAAUGAAGACAUAUGUUUUGCACUUCACCACCAUGAUCAAGAACCUGAACCAUCACAGCUACAUGGCUCCACAUCCAUGGCUAGACCGAAUCAAACAGCUGCAGUAGGCUAUACAAACGAGAUCGAAUUAUGGAGCUUUGCCCAAUCUUCAUCACAGUCAUCGUCCCCAGAUCCCUUUUACCACUUGUCGGUAUAG